GUGAAGAGCUAAACCGCAACCUCCAAGAAGGUUACACAAAGCUAGCUAAAAUAUCCAAUCCCCUUAACUUUUAGUUCAAACCUUUGGAAUAAUCAGGGUUUCUGAGAUCCUUUCUGGACCAGAAAAUUAAUUUAUAAGUCAUCUCUAUCUUUAGCUUAAUUCGGAAUUUUGGUCAUAUAGGUGUAUAUUUUGCUUAUCAUCUGGAUCUCUUCCUUGUUCAAAUUUUUGUUUUUGUGAAUUAAGCUGCUGAGAUUUCUCUUCUUCGUUUCUGUUACCAACUAGCUCUUUGUUUUUAGAUUUGAAACACAAACCUAGCUAGCUAGAAUCAGCUACUUAACAAUCUCAAAGCGUACGUAUUCAGAUGGCUAUGGAGGCUGUUGCUUUAGACCGGUCGAUGUCUUCCUGCAAGCAAAUUAGAAUGAUGAUGGCAAGAAGAAGCUUUUCUUCCUCUGAAAAUGUUGCUCCAAGUAUGAACUUCCAUGGAGGUCUCUUGCAGGCUCCUCAUGCUCAUCCUCCUCCCUCAUUCUCCUCCUUUAACCCCUCCCUCUUCAAUCAUUAUAUGCAGCAACAGUUUCUUCAACCACAGCAGCAACCACCUCUGCUUCCUCUGCCGGUUUCAAAACCCCUACACCAGUCUCUCCCAUCUCGUACUCGAAGCCUCUCCCGCCCUCCCACCGCCAGAAAGACCAACAACGCCAGAAGCCAAUCCCUGACUCCAAAGAAGCCAAAGUCGAAACAAUCCAAGAAGGAAGACAUUAAUUCCAUGCCUGCAGACUGCUUCAUCAUUGCUUCCACCACCCGUUUGGGACCCGAUCCAAAUGAUCUCCCUAAAGAUGUCACUAAGGUGUUGUCAUCUUCAUCGGGUAAGACUACUCUUAUUGGUAGUGUUGGAGUUGGAGAACACAAGGACAAUUUUUCAAGUUCCAUUUUCACUCUCGCACCACCUCCGAGUAGCUUGCCCCUGCCGAGGUUUUCUCUGAAACCGCCGAGGCGAUGCAAGGCAGAAGCUGUGGGAGUUGAUGCCGGAGCAACGGACAAUCUCUGCCGUCUUCUACGUCUCCGGUGAACGGCUGAAAAUUGUUCUUUAUAUAAGGGGAUUGGUGGCCAUAUAUGUUGGUUUGUUUAUGUAAAUAAAGGCAUCAGGGAAGAGGGUAUCUGAUGAUUUACAUUUGAAUCCCUCUCAUGCUUGGCAAAUUUGUGAUCACCACCUGGGUUUUUGAUUGGGGUGCACAACAAAAUGCAGCAUGUAUUUAGGAGUUAGGAGAAUGCCCAAGGAUUCUUCUUUAUCAGUUUUCUUUCUUUUGUUGGUCACCAAGAAUUAAUAUCAACUGUUAUUUACUCAUAAA